GGAGCUCAUUUGCCUUGCAAAUACUCAAUUGUUACAUGCUGGGUCCCUUCCUACUCACUUAAGUUAUUAACUCCACCCCAAAAAAGAAGAACUUUUGCUGAAACUGCUGGAGGAGAGACAGGUCCUACCCCUGAAAUCAUGGGGCCUGUCAGCUACUCAUCAGAGACCUAUGACCUGAGCCAGGUGGAGCUGAGCGGUUACUACGACGUUGACAACAGCACCCCUUCUUUGGAGGGCUACUUUUGCUUCAACCCCUCCUCAUCUGUGGUCGGCAACCAGAGAGACCCUUUCAGAAAGGUCUUCAUGCCCCUCAUCUAUCUACUGAUGUUCGUGCUGGGGACUGUGGGCAAUGCCCUGGUCCUGGUCAUUUUAGAGAGGUUCAAGCGGUCUCGUACUACCACAGAAAACUUCCUGUUCCACCUUACCCUGGCCAACCUGGCACUGCUGCUCACCUUCCCCUUCAGCGUGGUGGAGAGCUUGGCUGGGUGGGUGUUUGGGAAGUUUCUCUGCAAGAUCCUCAGUGCUGUCCACAAGAUCAAUUUCUACUGCAGCAGCAUGCUGCUGGGGUGCAUCGCCGUGGACCGCUACCUGGCCAUCGUCUACGCCAUCCACACGUACCGCAAACGCAGGGCUCGUUCCAUCCACCUCACCUGCCUGGCUGUCUGGCUCUGCUCGCUGCUUUUGACCUUACCCGAUCUUAUCUUCAUGGAAGUCUGGACAGACGACAGCAACCGCAGCAUUUGCUAUUUUCCAGAGGUUGGGAUUGACGGCAACAACGUCUGGCUGGCAACUCGUUUCCUCUACCACACCGUGGGUUUCUUUGUGCCGUUGCUGGUCAUGUGUUACUGCUACGUGGCCAUUGUCCGGGCUCUGUGUCAGUCCCAGCGCCUGCAGAGGCAAAAAGCUGUCCGCGUGGCCAUCCUCGUCACAGGUGUCUUCCUGCUCUGCUGGAGCCCAUACCACAUCGUCAUCUUCCUAAACACGCUUACAAAGUUGGAAGCCUUCACCAAGAACUGCCUCCUGGAAGACCAGCUGGACACAGCCAUCAUGGUGACAGAGGCCAUUGGCUUCACGCACUGCUGCCUCAACCCCAUCCUCUACGCCUUCAUUGGAGUCAAGUUCCAGAACGACUUCUUCCGGAUCCUGCAGGAGCUCGGCUGUAUAAGCCAGGAGACCCUGCAGGAGAUCCUGGAGGUGACGAGGAAGGGCAGUGGGAUCGAGUCUGACAACACCACCUCCAUCUCCACUUUCUAGCUGGGAAAGGCCGCCUGCAAGCCUGAACCUCUCUGAAGAGACAGCUUCUACCUUGUGACUGAGCACAGGGUGAUCAACCACGUGGCUUUGUCAGGCUGAAGGUGCAGCUUAUUUCUUUUUUUUGCAGCUGGUUUUACAGCACUUUGAGUUCUGAGAGCGAGGGGACCCUUCGCCCUAGAGUGAGGAAAAGAGCUCGUUUGCAUAAUUUCUGUUUGUUUUUAGCAGGCUGAGAGGGAGCACGGUGUUUUGCUUUGCACCGUGCUUUCUGAUAUUUUUGCUCCACCUGCAUCUGUGGGGCUUUCAGAGGUUUAGUGCAUCCAGGUUUACACAGAACAACCCCGGGUGCUGAUCUGGAACCCUAAGUAUCCAGCAACCGCUCAGAUCAAGGCUGCUCGAUAACAAUUUUGGUCCAAAAUAAAAGCAACAGCUUUCACUAUCAUUAAUAAUUGCAGUGUGAGCUGGCAUGCGGGGCAGCCCUCACAGACUGGUUCAACCUGCUGCCUCCAAGUAGGUUGUGUCACGCUGGGACAUCACAGCCUGGCUCCGUUACAUUUCCAUCGCUAGCUCAGCGCCGUGGCCUGAACGGAAAGAGAGCCAGAAGCACCAGCUGUGCCACGAGGACACCUUAAAAUCCACUCUAUCAUUCACCUUGCUUUUUAAGCAAAGUCAGAACAACGUUUGUUCUCCUGCUGCAGCAGGAAUUUUGUGCCAAACUCGCUUCUGAAGUUCAGCCCUCAAGCUUCACUGUACCCAGGGCCCUGCUAAAAGGCCAGUCCUUACGGAAGGGGUCACAUUAG